GAGAACCUCUCACAAUCAUUCUAUGAUAUAGUCUCAUCUAUUUCCUAGAUAUAUACCGUGUAUGUACUUCAUGACUGUCAAGAUAUCUGGUGAACCUGUCUGCUAAUAAUAUCACUGUGCGUACUAAGUUCUGGUUAAACAUGCGUGAAAUCGUUACCCUUCAGCUAGGGCAGCGAGCCAAUUAUUUGGCCACUCACUUCUGGAACCUCCAGGAGUCGUAUUUCACUUACAAUCAAGAAGAUGAAUCCCCCGUGGAUCAUGAUGUUCAUUUCCGUCCGGGCAUCGGAGCAGACGGAACAGAAACAUUCACUCCUAGGACCAUAAUCUAUGACUUGAAGGGUGCCUUUGGUACUCUCCGAAAAUAUAAUGCCCUAUAUGAAUUAACAGAGGAUGCGAACCUUGGCCAAAGCUUAUGGGACGGGAAAGAAAUAAUACAACAACAGCCGGCAAUUCCUCAAAGUGACUAUCAGAAGAACCUAGAUGCGGGAUUUCCCGCUCCCCAACUCACAACUGAGACAGUCCGGUACUGGUCGGAUUACAAUCGGCUCUUCUAUCACCCGCGUUCAAUUGUCCAGCUGAAUGAUUACGAGCUAAACAGUAGGAUCAUGCCAUUCGAAGACUGGAGUGUCGGAGAGGAUCUAUUUGGUGACCUGGACAAAGAACAUGAUCUUCUUGAUAGAGAUGUACGACCGUUCGCGGAAGAGUGUGACCAACUACGUGCGAUUCAGUUGUUCACAAGCGCGGAUGAUGCUUGGGGUGGCUUUUGUGCCAGUUACGUCGAUAGACUACGAGAUGAAUUUGGCAAAAAGCCAAUCUGGGUAUGGGCAAUCGAGGGUGGAUCGAGGGUGUCUCGCCAAACCCAAGUUAAACGGGAAAUGAAUAAAGCUCGGUCCGUAUACAACAUUUCUCCCCAAUCAUCACUGUAUACCCCAAUUAUAGACCCGCCCAGCCACACUCCAAGCACUGUGCAGUUCGACCCAGAGUCUGAAUGGCACACAACUGCACUAAUUAGCUCUGCUAUGGAAAGCGUCACGCUUCCAACUCGCCUUCGUCGCUACCAUGACUUCGAGUCCUCCUUGGCUGGUGAUGAUGGUACUCGCAAGAUUUUGGAAUUGCAAUCCUCUAUUAUUCCAGACAAUGAGAAUGAUGAAAGGGACCUCUCUGUUUCUAAAGGACCAUUGGCCGAGACAAAGGCUUCCGAACAGGAAGCACCGAAACCUCAGACACAGUUUGAGUUAGAUUUUAGCUACGAUGGCAAUAGAAACGGUAACUCACAUAUAUUCAACCAGCUUCAAGUUUGGCGUGGAAUAAAAAGCAACCAGGAUGAUGGGUCCGCACCUCAAGGCGACCUUGGGCUUGCUCGGAAACAGCGCUACUACAAUUCGGCGCCCAUGUUCCAGAGCUUCCAUACACCCCUGCCGUUCCCGAUCGUUGACAGCUACCCCCGAGAUAUGUUCCUGAGAGCAAAGCAGGAUAAAAUUAACAUUCUUGCAGCGCUGACUGUGUCUUCUCGGACGGCGGAAAAAAUCAAGCUAAUGGAGAUAAGCGCUGGGCGAAUUAUUGGGGUUGAUGAACGUGAAACUCUGGUGAAUGGGUUAGCGGAAAUCCGAGAAUCUUACGAGACCGGAUGGAUGAGCGACUCUGAUUUUGACGAUGAGUAGUGGCUUGACGGUAUAGUGGCACUUGAAAUAUUUUAUUCAAUUUCUAUCUUAUUUAUUGGGACCGAUUCUCCGAGUAAAA